CACACUUGUCUCCUUGCAGCCUAUCUCAAUGACUCACAUGGAACUAGAGAAUCAAACAACUCUUUCAACUUUCCUUCUUCUGGGACUCUCAGAAGAUAAGGGCUUGCAGCCCCUUUUGUGCGGGCUGUUCCUGUCCAUGUACCUGGUCUGUGUUACAGGAAACCUGCUCAUCAUCCUGGCCGUCAGCUCUGACUCCCACCUCCACACCCCCAUGUACUUCUUCCUCUCCAACCUAUCCUUUGUGGACAUCUGUUUCACCUCCACCACGGUCCCCAAGAUGCUGGUGAACACUCAGACACAGAAUAAAGCCAUCAGCUAUAACGGCUGCUUUACACAGAUGUAUUUUUUCAUGAUUUUUUCUGGGCUGGAUAGUUUGCUACUGAUUGUGAUGGCCUAUGACCGGCUUGUGGCCAUCUGUCACCCACUGCACUACAUGGUCAUCAUGAAUCCUCGGUGUUGCAGUCUUCUGCUUCUGCUUUCGUGGCUGUUGUGCCUGGCAUAUUCUUUGUUGCAAACAUUGAUGGCUUUGAGAGUAUCCUUCUGCAGAGGAACUGAAAUCCCCCACUUCUUCUGUGAACUGGCUCAGAUGCUCAAGCUAGCCUGCUCGGACACCUUUGCCAAUGAUCUUCUGCUGUACUGUGUAACUGGCAUACUGGGGAUCAUGCCACUGUCUGGGAUUCUUUUUUCUUAUUCUAGAAUUGUUACUGCCAUAUUGAGAAUGUCAUCUCCUGGAGGGAGGAGGUACAAAGCCUUUUCCACCUGUGGGUCUCACCUCUCAGUUGUUGCUUUGUUCUAUGGCACAGGCCUUGCGGUUUACCUGACUUCUGGAACCACCCGUCCCUCCAGAGGGGGCUCAGUAGCCUCAGUAAUGUACACUGUAGUUGCCCCUAUGCUGAACCCCUUCAUCUAUAGCCUUAGGAACAAAGAGUUGAAGGGGGCUCUGAAGAGAGUUUUUCAGCCAAGGAGUUUGUUCUCAGUGAGAUAA